ACAUAAUUUGCAUACGAGUCAAUGGCGAUUGAUAAGUGUUCCCACGAUGUAAUAAGCAAAUAAUAUGUCAGUGGCACAUACUAAGGAUUUAACAUAGGAAAAAUGGAAUUAGCUAAAGCAGUUUUCGGGGAUCGUUCACUCGACGGAUACAGCAGCAAGUCAACAGCUGUUGAAACACUAUCCGAGGAUGAAGAAGAUAUUGUCAGCGUAUGUACCGGAGAAGGCAUCAGCAUCACUGCCACGCCCUCUUUCACCGGCAGUGGGGGGUUUAUUCCCUCCCCUGGGGGACACUUCUCAGCACUGACACCUUCCAUGUGGCCUCAAGACAUCAUUCUGAAGUUUGGCAUUGCUCCAGAGGAAGACUCUACGGGACAGUUGGAUUACCGCUAUGAUGAGUUUGGAUUCAAAGUAGAAGAGGAAGAUGGUCCUGAGGAGAACUCCAGUAAGCUUCUUAGUACGCCAUUCGUAGAGGACCCUCAACAUCGACUUAAGUGGACAGCGUACCUCGAGUUCACGCACAACAACGAAGUCGGAGACCUCACGUGGGACAAGGUGGAGUCACAGCUGCCGAGAUCAGAGAAACUAAAGGGCAUGGUGCGGCAAGGCAUCCCCCACUCUCUGCGGCCACAGAUCUGGAUGAGGAUGUCAGGUGCCCUGGAGAAAAAGCUGAAGUCAGAACUUACCUACAAAGAUGUAGUUAAAGCCAGUGCCAAUGAUCAUCUGAUGACAUCAAAACAAAUUGAAAAAGAUCUACUUCGAACAAUGCCAAGCAACACAUGUUUCUGCAACAUCAACAGUACCGGUGUACCUCGACUCCGUCGUAUCCUGCGAGGCCUGGCGUGGUUGUACCCAGACAUCGGAUACUGUCAGGGGACAGGCGUGAUUGCUGCCUCCCUGCUGCUGUUCAUGGAAGAGGAGGACACAUUCUGGAUGAUGUGUGCCAUCAUAGAGGACCUGCUGCCGGCAUCCUACUACUCCAGCACCCUUAUAGGCAUACAGGCUGACCAGCGGGUGUUGAGACAGCUGCUCAUAAGCUACCUGCCGGACGUUGACCUUGUCUUGAAGGAACACGACAUAGAGCUGUCCCUCAUCAGCCUGCACUGGUUCCUCACCCUGUUUGCCAGUGUUGUGCACAUGAAGGUGCUGCUCAGUCUGUGGGACUUGUUCUUUUAUGAGGGGUCAGUGGUACUCUUCCAAAUUACCAUGGGCAUGCUCAAACUGAAGGAGAAUGAGCUGAAGACGCUGGACAACUCCGCCCAGAUCUUCAAUGCCCUGUCUGAUGUACCAGGAGAUGUGCAGGAUGUUGAAGAUCUCAUUGAGGUGGCUUUCCGGACUGCUGGAUCCUUGACUGAUGUCGUGGUGGAGACACACAGGCGGAAACACCUGGCCUACCUGAUGGCUGACCAGGGUGCACUGGUCAACCCAGAGUCAUCCAGGAACCUGCCAAAACAGCAACUGAACAAGCGACACCUAAAACGUUCUCGAUCCCUCGUCUCGGUCCUGCUCAGAGGAGAAUCAGAGGAUGAAGACUUUGGAAAAGCCAAAAACAUUCGCCAAACAGAGUUACUGGUAGACUUGCGGGAAGCCAUCCUCCAGGUUGCUCGUCACUUCCAAUCACUGGACCCCAAAAAUAACAAAGUUAACCUGCAGGCUGACUACACCAUGGACAGCCAUGCCAAGGACCUGGAGAACUAUGUGAACGUGGCCCGCAAUAGGAGGAGGCGGGCCAAGGCACUGCUUGACUUUGAACGUCACGAUGAUGAUGAGCUGGGAUUCAGAAAGAAUGACAUUAUCACAAUCAUUUCCCAGAAGGAUGAACACUGUUGGAUCGGGGAACUGAAUGGUUUGCGAGGAUGGUUCCCGGCCAAGUUUGUGGAGAUUCUGGAUGAGAGGAGUAAGCACUACUCUUCAGCUGGGGAUGACUCUGUGACAGAGGCUGUCACGGAUCUGGUCAGAGGGACGUUAUGUCCAGCGUUGAAAGCAAUAUUUGAACAUGGAUUAAAGAAAUCCAACAUCUUAGGAAGUCAUUGCCAUCCUUGGCUCUUCAUUGAGGAGACAGCUACAAGAGAGGUGGAGAAGGAUUUUCAGAGUGUGUACUCUAGACUGGUGCUCUGCAAGACAUACAGAUUGGAUGAAGAUGGUAAAGUUCUCACCCCAGAAGAAGUGCUUUACAGAGCUGUGCAGGCUGUGAACUUCUCCCAUGAUGCUUGUCACUCACAGAUGGAUGUCAAGUUCCGCUCCCUCAUCUGCUGUGGUCUCAAUGAGCAGGUGCUGCACCUGUGGCUGGAGACUCUCUGCUCUUCCCUGGAUGUAGUGGAGAAGUGGUACUACCCCUGGUCCUUCAUCCGGUCCCCGGGCUGGGUGCAGAUCAAGUGUGAACUAAGACUCUUUGCCCAGUUUUCCUUUAACCUAUCAAGAGAUUGGGAACUUCCAAAACAGUCGGAUGGUUACAAGCCGUUCAGGGAAGGGGUCAAGGACAUGCUGGUGAAGCACCACCUUUUCUCAUGGGACCUGUGAGUGGUGUCAGUGUGUUCUGUCAGUAAGGGCUGACAGUGUGUUCUGUCAGUAAGUGCUAUCAGUAAGUGCUGCCAGUGUGUUCUGUCAGUAAGCGCUGACAGUGUGUUCUGUCAGUAAGUGCUGUCAGUGUGUUCUGUCAGUAAGUGCUGUCAGUGUGUUCUGUCAGUAAGUGCUGCCAGUGUGUUCUGUCAGUAAGCGCUGACAGUGUGUUCUGUCAUUAAGUGCUGUCAGAGUGUUCUGUCAGUAAGUGCUGACAGUGUGUUCUGUCAGUAAGUGCUGUCAGUGUGUUCUGUCAGUAAGUGCUGACAGUGUGUUCUGUCAGUAAGUGCUGACAGUGUGUUCUGUCAGUAAGUGCUGUCAGUGUGUUCUGUCAGUUAGUGCUGACAGUGUGUUCUGUCAGUAGGUGCUGUCAGUGUGUUCUGUCAGUAAGUGCUGCCAGUGUAUUCUGUCAGUAAGUGUUGCCAGUGUGUUCUGUCAGUAAGUGUUGCCAGUGUGUUCUGUCAGAAAGUGCUGCCAGUGUGUUCUGUCAGUAAUUGCUGACAGUGUGUUCUGUCAGUAAUUGCUGACAGUGUGUUCUGUCAGUAAGUGCUGACAGUGUGUUCUGUCAGUAAUUGCUGACAGUGUGUUCUGUCAGUAAGUGCUGUCAGUGUGUUCUGUCAGUUAGUGCUGACAGUGUGUUCUGUCAGUAGGUGCUGUCAGAGUGUUCUGUCAGUAAGUGCUGCCAGUGUAUUCUGUCAGUAAGUGCUGUCAGUGUGUUCUGUCAGUUAGUGCUGACAGUGUGUUCUGUCAGUAAGUGCUGUCAGAGUGUUCUGUCAGUAAGUGCUGCCAGUGUAUUCUGUCAGUAAGUGCUGCCAGUGUGUUCUGUCAGUAAGUGUUGCCAGUGUGUUCUGUCAGUAAGUGCUGCCAGAGUGUUCUGUCAGAAAGUGCUGACAGUGUGUUCUGUCAGUAAUUGCUGACAGUGUGUUCUGUCAGUAAGUGCUGACAGUGUGUUCUGUCAUUAAGUGCUGUCAGUGUGUUCUGUCAGUAAUUGCUGACAGUGUGUUCUGUCAUUAAGUGCUGCCAGUGUGUUCUGUCAGUAAGUGCUGCCAGUGUAUUCUGUCAGUAAGUGUUGCCAGUGUGUUCUGUCAGUAAGUGUUGCCAGUGUGUUCUGUCAGAAAGUGCUGCCAGUGUGUUCUGUCAGUAAUUGCUGACAGUGUGUUCUGUCAGUAAUUGCUGACAGUGUGUUCUGUCAGUAAGUGCUGACAGUGUGUUCUGUCAGUAAUUGCUGACAGUGUGUUCUGUCAGUAAGUGCUGUCAGUGUGUUCUGUCAGUUAGUGCUGACAGUGUGUUCUGUCAGUAGGUGCUGUCAGAGUGUUCUGUCAGUAAGUGCUGCCAGUGUAUUCUGUCAGUAAGUGCUGUCAGUGUGUUCUGUCAGUUAGUGCUGACAGUGUGUUCUGUCAGUAAGUGCUGUCAGAGUGUUCUGUCAGUAAGUGCUGCCAGUGUAUUCUGUCAGUAAGUGCUGCCAGUGUGUUCUGUCAGUAAGUGUUGCCAGUGUGUUCUGUCAGUAAGUGCUGCCAGAGUGUUCUGUCAGAAAGUGCUGACAGUGUGUUCUGUCAGUAAUUGCUGACAGUGUGUUCUGUCAGUAAGUGCUGACAGUGUGUUCUGUCAUUAAGUGCUGUCAGUGUGUUCUGUCAGUAAUUGCUGACAGUGUGUUCUGUCAUUAAGUGCUGCCAGUGUGUUCUGUCAGUAAGUGCUGCCAGUGUGUUCUGUCAGUAAGAGCUGCCAGAGUGUUCUGUCAGUAAGUGCUGACAGUGUGUUCUGUCAGUAAGUGCUGCCAGUGUGUUCUGUCAUUAAGUGCUGCCAGAGUGUUCUGUCAGUAAGUGCUGACAGUGUGUUCUGUCAGUAAUUGGGGUAACAGUGCAAGUAACCAAAUGUCAAUCCAUUUUUGGUGUGUGACUUUAAUACCAAUUUGAAUUGGUUGAUGCUAGGUCAUAAAUGAAAUGGAUUGAUACCGGUUUAUCAUAAGCUGUUCUGGUAUCAUACCAGCAUCUACAUUGAUACUAUGUCAGUGUACCAUGGUAUCCUGGUAUCAUGGAAUUAACUAACUUUACCAGGAUCUAGGUACACUGAUACUGUAUGAGUGUACUUUAGUGUCCUGGUACCUGAUACUGUUCUAUGGCAACAACGGAUUAUGUAAGGGCUAUGAAAAAUCUACUGUUGGAUGAGAAACAGUUUCCCUUUAGGACUGUCUGAAGAUGAAGUAAUAUGAAAGAUUCAUGUCUUUCUUUAAGGUUUACAAAAUCUGUUAGCAAAACAAUGUGAUAAAAAAAGAAUUGUUUGGAUAGACUUCCUGGUUAUGAUUUAUGCUAUAUUUUGUCAACGUAUUUAUAACAUUUUCUAAUCUUCGGUAAAAUGUGUUAGAUAUUGGUGUUGGAGGAUGUAAUCUGUAAAGAUUUCUCAAGAUAUUCUAGUUUGGAGCUGUAAGGAUCAAUGCCUCCUAACUUGCUUUACCUUUUUGCAGCUUAAACACGAAAGCUAAGCUAGAAUCCCUCACAUCAAUAUUUUUACUUUAUUAAGCUCUGAAACUAGGAGCAGAGAUCUUUUGCUAAUAUUAUUUCUAAAUUUGCAUAAUUUUUUGAAUACUAAUUAUAGCUAAGAUGGAAGAACUACAAUAUUUACCUGUACUUGUUGGUAAAUGUAAGAACAUGUUUUCUUUUUUGUCCCCUGGAAUUUUUGACAUGCUUCAUUCAAACAUCAAACUAGUUUUUGGAAACAUUGAUACGUCAUGAAUGGAAGUUAUUUUCUGAUUGCAAUAUGUUAACAGGAGUUGAUUGUAUAGAUGCCAAGACAGAAUUAAAUCUGUUAUUGUUAUCAUUAACACAUGUAAUCAAAUAAUUUGUUGUAUGUUGAAAGUGUUAUAUAUAAUCUUGUUUACAUGUACAUUCAUUGUAAAUAUCAAAUUUAAUUUAUUUCUGUUUUUGGUGUAUCAACAGUGACACCCUGUUAUUCUGGAUGGUAUUCACAGUAAAAUUGUCAGAAUUGACAUAUUUUCAGAUAAACAAAUAAUAUGUUCACAGUUGUUAGUAUGUUUUUGUAAAGAGGUUCCCAACGCAAUCAUCCAGAAAAACAGGUUUUCCUUACUAACAGGGUCUGGAAUAACACGGUUUCACUGUAUAACUGCAAGUUACAUCAUUUCUUUGUAUAAUUGAGACAGCAAGAUUAGUUAGUCACCUGGAACUGCUAACAAUCCCUUUUUAUGCUAUCUGCAAAAAGUCAGCAUUUUUUAUUAAUACUGUUUCAUCAAUAAUAAUGCCAGUAAUUUGGAUUUAUGUUCAUCUCAUUUCCAACUGAUUGUCACACUAUUUCAACAUAUAAUUUGAUUGGCCCAAACUGGAUUAUUUACAAGCCACCGUGAUAUUGCUGGAAUGUUGCUGACUGUGGCAUAAGACAAACAAAAAGUAUUAUUAUUAUUAUUUGUCAUGUGCAUAAUCUCAAACGAAUGAAUGGAGAUGUGAUAUUUAAGCCUAUUUUGUUCUCUUAUUGUUUCAACCAAGUCAGUUUCAUCAACAGAAUCAUCAGUGUGUAUUGCCCUAUGUAUUGUAUUGAUAGAUAUGUGGGGGAAUUAAUUACAAUGAUGUAAUCAUAAAUGUUUGCACUAUCCUUUUUUGUGACCUUGCAGAACAAUUAAUGGUCAACAUAUAUUUAGUAGAUGAAACAGUUUUAAGAAAAUAGUGUUACUAUGGUUACAUAUCAAAAUGUAGCAGAGGCAGAAUACCAUGGAUUUAAUAACUAACAUAAACCUUUUUUCAGGGAGUUUUCCAAGUGUUUAAGGUCUCUUAAAAAGUAGCACAUUAAUUGCUAGUUUUUGUUUAUUGAUAACCGCAUUUCCAGAAUAGCCCGAGACCAUGUGGUCUCUGAAAUCAUUGAUCAUAAAAUUUUAGAAUUGUGUAUGGUUUUAAGCACUUAUCGGUUCAUUUAUUGACCUUUCUAUUAUAUAUGUUUAAAAAAGUAUGUCCAAGUGUUGUGUGUUACAAGUUUAGCUAGUAUGGUGUGUCAUGACACUGGUAGACAUACUACAGUGAAUUAAAACUAGUUUUUUACUUAUUUAGGUUUGCAGAUACAUUGACCCAAAAGUUUCACAAAUCUGAAAAAAUAGAGAACAGUUGUGUUUUUCUGUCUAGAGUAUGUGAACUAAUUUGAAAACUGAAAACAAUUUAAAGAUCAAAACAGGCAGGGAAGUAACCCUUUGACUUUUCAAUGAAGAAAAACAACAUCUUCAUAGUUUAUUUCACCUCUUUAUCUUUUUGGAUCAUUUAAAGAACAUGUUUUUUAAAAUUUCAAGUUUAUGUUUCUUGAUCACUCGCCCUAAAGUUAUGGAAAAAAUUACCUGAAAACCAAACCAUGAAGAGGCAUAUUGAGACAUGCAGAAGAAUAAGAUGACCAUUCUAGUUUCAUUUCCACAUAAAGGUUUGCUAUGAUAUGUGCAAUUCCCCAAUCUUGCCUUUAGAAUUGCCAUGUGCAUAGUUAAAUUAUCCUUGGUUGUGCCAAUCCUAAAAUGUCCCAAUAAAUGCCCCAAUAAAUGCCCCUAUAUUUUUUUUCUCUGUUGUCACAUAUUAUGUAAGGUAGUUGUUUGAAGAAUAGUGUUGAAACUGUAUAUAGUUGAUGUUAUAAUCACAGUAGUCUUUCACACAGUUUCCUGGUAAGCAACAGUCACAUCACAGAUCUUUUACUCUGAUAUAAUACCUCUGUCUGAAGAUCUGAGACCUCCCUUGAAGGUCAUUUCAGGUGAACUUUGACUGCCUAAUCUAAGUGAAGGAUGCAUAGGUUCUUGAGCCAAUCAGUUUCUACAACAAUUCAGCUUCUUUUGUAAUACCACCUUCAUGCGAAAAUGUUGAUUUUAACAAAUGAAAACCCACACAGAACUCAAAUAUUCCUUCAAUGAAUCUCCUGUUUGGUUGUAGAUACCAUGGUGCUCAGAAACGACAGGGUGUAUUAAAUAUCUACAACAAUAUGAUUGAGGAACCUUUACUAUUUACAUUCAGAAAAGUUUGUUUCAAGAUAGAGAAGAUAUGCUGAUCUGAAUGCUUCACCCACCUGUACCAAGAAUUUAGAAGCCUUGAUGCUUAGUGACGGAUUUUAAGGAGGGGUCGUCCAAUGUUCAUGCAGAAGGGUAUUGUGCAGAGUAAAAGGUCUGAUUUUAAUGAGAUUGUACUUACCUCUGCAUAGAACAGUCCUGUUUGACAUGGAGAGAUGAUGGCAAAGUGAUGAUCCUGCUUCUGCACCAGUGAAAUGAAUAGUAUAGGAUGAUGACCCUAUGCAUGUGUUUGAAUGGACUGUCCACUUGUGCCUUGCAUUGGUCAAGUGGUCAAGCAUUUGUUUGCUAGUAGUAACAAGCAGUUCUCAGUUGUGAUGAUGCAGAAUCUACAGGAGCUCUGACAUUCUUCAUCAUAUCUUGGUAUUAUAAGAUCUAACUCUUUUUCCUAACAAGGAAAGAGCUUACUCAGUUAGAAGAUGUCAGAUUUAUGAUUUGACAGUUUUAUUACCUAAGAAGUAUAAUUCACUUGAUAAUUUUAUGAUGUAAUGAAAUAAUUUCAAAAUGUUUCAGGUUGAAACAUUUAGAACAUGUUUCAGGUAGGUGGAAGGAAUACCAUUAAUUUGAUGUUAAUUCUGACAAAGACUAUCCUGCCCUGCUUAAUACAUUUAUUUUCUGUUUCAUGAUACACAUUCAUUUUCUCACAAUUCCAUAUAAAAAACAUCCUGCUAAAAUAAAGGCAGUUAAUUCUCUUUGUUUUGAAUGUGAAAAUUUAUAAUGACUUCAACUGAUGUCUUCUUUCACCUUCUCUAUGUUUUUUGGAUUAUGUUGCCUCUUAUCAUGGACUUAAGCUUUUGUGUCAUCAGACUUCUUUGUUUACUCUAUGAAAUCCAUUGAUUCUACACUUCAGCAACCCUGUAUUGAUGAUGUAUCUACAUGUAAAAACUGUUGAAUGUACAAGUAUUGUAAAAUAUCUGUACUGUGAAAUAAAACAAUGCAACUGUA